CAGAGGCAUGCGCAUGCGCAGUUGCCUGACAGCGACCGGUCGGCUGGUUGCAGCUGUUUGCUGCAGAGCUCAGAACUGCUGUGGACGAGAGGCCAGUUCAUCACUGUUUCUCCACACUGAGUGGCUUUCUGUACGUUUUCCUAGACAACAACAACAUAGUCGACACAAACGGAAAGAACAACCAAACUAAUUUGAUGAGAAAGGUGACUGAUACGAGAUGUGUGCUGUCGUCUAUGUCCUGUCAACGGUAACAGGCUACGUGCUCACCUCUGCCCUGCUGCUAAAAUGUCCAAAUCUCUUGCACCGGAGGAAGCGAGAAACAUUCCGCAGCAGGCACAUUUCGCAUCGUGGAGGGGCAGGUGAAAACCUGGAAAACACCAUGGCAGCUUUUAAACAUGCUGUGGAUGUCGGCACAGACAUGUUGGAGUUGGACUGUCACAUGACAAAAGAUGAACAGGUAGUGGUUUCACAUGACGGCAACUUGCAGAGGGCCUGUGGCGUCAACGCCAACAUCUCCAACGUGCCCUACGCUGAACUCCCUCCAUACCUCUGCAAGCUUGGUGUAACAUUUCAAAGAGAGUGUUUCUGUGAAGGAGGAGAGGACAAACGCAUGCCUCUCCUCAGGGACGUGUUUGAUGCCUUUCCUAAUACCCCUGUCAACAUCGACAUCAAGGUCAACAAUGACACACUCAUCAAGAAGGUCUCCGAGCUGGUUGUUAAGUAUGACAGACAGCAUCUGACCGUCUGGGGCAACGCCAGCAACCAGAUUGUCAAAAAGUGUUACAAAGAGAAUCCUCAAAUUCCAGUGUUAUUCAGCUUUCCCAGAGUAUUGCAGCUGUUAGGUCUCUUCUACACCGGCCUCCUGCCCUUUUUCCCCCUCAAGGAGCAGUUCCUGGAGAUCCCAAUGCCCUCCAUUAUCACCAAACUAAGGGAUCCUGACAGAUUAACUAGGAGUUACCGAAUCAUUGCCUGGUUGGCAGACACUUUGCUCAUGAGGAAAGCUCUUUUUGAUCAUUUAACUGCCAGGGGAAUACAGGUGUACAUUUGGGUGCUGAACGACGACGAGGACUUCCAAAGGGCGUUUAACUUGGGAGCCACAGGAGUUAUGACAGAUUUUCCCACCAGGCUUAAACACUUCAUGGACAGGAAUGGCAUUUCUAAACCAGAGUGACCUGCCAAAUCUACCUCACCCCGCCUCACCAGUGAUUAUCCUUCAAGCUGACUGACCUGCCAAACCAGCCCCCCACACGAACCCACUUUUACUGCAUGCAUUCCAGCAGGGCUCCUCUCACGCUGUGUUUUACAAUCAGUAGGGAUCUCCAACAUGCUCUGCACCCACAGAAUUAUAUGAGGCACCAGUUCUGUUGGUAAUACAAACUUUGUCUGCUCUUUCAGUCACACAAACGACUCAUGACGGUACUUGCUAUGGAUUACUAUCCUUUUUGAGCUGUGCUCCUUGUUCCUCGCUCCACACACCAACACGCACGCAACAAUACUGGUAUUGCGCACCCAUUAAAAACCACACAAUAUUUUCAAGUAAAUUGAAAUAAUGGGACAAAAGACAAAAUGGCCAUUGAAAUAUUGCGCUUGCAAGUCUUAUCAGUCUUGAAUUUUAUAAUAGAUUUUUUUAAUAGAAAUGUUUACUUAUGUAAAGACUUUCGCUUUUUUAACGCGUUAAGUAUUACUGCAUCACGAUUCAGAUAUUGUGCUUGUAAAAACACCAGCAGAUGCAGCUUGAUGUUGACAUAUUGCUUUUUUUUUAAAAAAAAACAAACCCCGAUCAUCAUGUAGCACAUGCAAUAAUGUACCAGUCUUGGCAGUUGUGAAAAGUUUUUGCAUGUACCAGUUGCCGCCAAACCUUUCCUGUUUGUCAUAAAAAACAGAGCACACACCAAACCUUGGCUAUAUUGCGUUGAAAAAGAGCAGUGUGACAGCUAAAGUGGGCAGCGCCACUGCUCCACACCUACAAGACAUUUAAGCAGAAGCAAUUUCCCUUAACCUGUGCACUGUACUGCAAUAACCACUGUUUCUGUAUGCUGUGUCGUAUUUUUUUUCUUGUAGUUGCUUAGUAGCCAGAGUUCAAGGCAUCGUACAGUAAUGUAUUUGAGAGAGAAACUUUGCAUAAAAAAGAAACUUCAUGUUGUUUAUUACUUUUUUUCCACCUGUUCUGGUGACAGAAACAGCAUUAAGCUUUACAUUUAAGAAAUAUGAACAGUUUUAAUAUUUAAAGCAUUUGGCAGCCCACUUGAGGCAGUGAUGCUUGCUGAUGGAUCACUUUACUGGAGUUAUUUGAAAUUUAAAUGCAUUGAAGACAGCUGUUGUCAAACCAUUUCGUCACUGUGGGGAUGUACAGUAUGAAAGAUCCAUAGGAUUGUCAUACCAGUGAGGUUCUCCAAACCUGUGACUAUGCAGUGAGAGUUUGUAAUGAAUGUAGUCUUGGUUGAAUGUACUGUAUGUUGUUCAAUAUUUUACAGUCAGAACAAUAUUGCAGUUUCAUCGAUAGAUAUUUGUUUCGUAGAGGUACUGUCACUGAGUUAAAUCUGCACUUGUCAAUUUUUGACGUCUGACAUUUGACAUUAUUUUCCUAACUGUUUAUUCAGAAUUAUUUUUAUUUAAGAGACUUGACCUCCCAAUCAAAUUUCAGAUAUUGGGAGUAUUUUUAUGAAACUAUCUGUGCUGUGCUGAGUGUACUUUCCUUUUGCAUGCCUUUAAAGACACUGUUGUGUUUGAAUAUGUUGUGAACCAGUUUGUGGGACCUGGCUGUUUGGACUUAUCAAAAUGUCUUAUCCCACAUGGAGGUUAUCAUUUGAUUUGCUGAGAGUUAAAUUUAAAAAAGUACAUUUUCAGUAGUGGCAAUAAACAUGAGAUACAAUGUUGUAAAAGUAAAGUGUAUAUUGUAAUAUUAUAACAGCUUUAUCCUGUUGUUUUUGAUCACUCUGAAAUAUAAUCAUAUGCCAGUUUGUGUGAUCAAGUAUUUGUUAAUCAUACUCAGAUUGACAGAAGAUGGCGCUACAGACUGGGCUGAUUUCAGGAGUUUUCCCUUUGACGGAAAAUUUGAUAGAUGCUGGACAUGGUUCGUUACAAUAAAAUCAUCCUCAAAAACA